UGCACAUCUCAAUAUGUAUCGUCUCCAGCACUCCACAGAUGGUUUAUCCAGACACCCUAGGUAGGGCAACUCAUGUAGUGCUGUGCAGAUUUCUUUGCGACUCAAGUUUUGGUCCGCGAACAUGUCUGCACGAGCUGCGCGCCCGUUUCACUCACAGAUGGACUUGUCAAGACCCGAGACCGCAGUGACCCCCAAAAUGAUCAGCUUUUCACAGAACCAUGGGCCUCGUGGUUUGAUGUGGCCUUCUCCGUUCUCUUAUGGAAGUUGGUACCCUGGAACGGUAAGAACCCUUGAUGGGUUUUGAGGGCGUAGCUGUUAUCAACCCCCCACAAACUCCCCGCUUGAAGACGGUACUUCUUGAGCCCUCCGAAACUUCUACCCACUUUCGCAAGUACCAGUCUUGAAAUUCCAGUGGCAAGAAAUGAUUACAACGUUGGACUUGGACAAGUUCACUGUCCAUAAACUGCAAGUUGAAGAAGGGCUAGAUGACGCAUUCGAGCAUUUGAACAAUGCACUAGCUACCAGCCACAUCGAGGGCGUGGUACUCGACCUCCUCCAGAUACCGGGUCUCUUUGUGUAUAUAUUUUCUGUUUUCCCGAACGCGGAAUCUCUGCGUACAAAGAUCCUUGAUGCCUUCCCCACGGAUCAUCAAGCGCUCGGACGGUCUUUUAUUCGGCCCCUCCUCUCAAAAUUAUCAAGAUUCUUCUUCAGCUUACCUUCUGACGUAUUUCGUGGUGAUGAAUCACGCACUGUUGGCAUGUACGAACGUUGCAUAGCGGACAUUUGGUCCGCAAUAGCUACCCUAUCGACCAUGGCUUUUGGCACCGAGGAUUUCAGAAACACGACGAGAGUCGACUUCAAGGGCAAGAAAAUAACUGUUUCAGCUCACGACGCUACCAUUCUUCGCAAGUUGAACAUUCAGCCACCUUCCGAUUCUAACGUCGCCAUGCAGACCUUGGGACAUGUAAUGGCUACUGUGUCGCAAAUUUUGAAAGUGCGUUGUUUUAUCUUGGUUUAUUAUCUGAUCCACGGUUUGCGGCAUCAUGCAAAGACAGUUUACUUCAGUGCUGGGGAGGACGACGAAGUGGGAACGGACGUGGAGCAACCAGCACGUACACAAGUUCUUCGUCCUGAAUCGACUCCUACUGCCACUGACAUUGUCGGGUUUGGCGAGUGGUCGAUUAUAAUGACUAGUGGUGCAGCUCGCGACCUCCUCCAGUUGAGACGGAAUGACGCAAAAAUGACUGCAUGUGUUUUCAAAAAAAUGAGAGGCGAGUUUUCCGGAAACAACUACAAAACUCUUCAUGGGCCUUCGCAUGAAAUCCCAAUUUAUCAAGCGGAAAUUCUCAGUAAUCUGAGAUUGGUCUACCAAAUUGACUGUACGCUUGACGAUAAUAGCAAGGCGGAACGCCAAGGUAAGACAUCAGACCUUUUCUGCUUCCCCACUCAAUUGCCGGAAGUUGUCAAAGUAUAUGGAAUCUACCGACAUAAGCAACUAGACCACAUUUGGCCCUGGCUCAGCAAGCUUCUGAGUGGGCGUGGUAAAUUGUAUCAGCAAAGGUGUACACUCAGAGUGCGCGCUGAGUCGGGCAGUGGUGUUUACCGCCCGGCUACCUUUCCUCCAAGAAUUGAGGAAUUUACCAUGGAAGAAUCUCCCAUCUUUGUUCGUGACGGUGGAUUAAAUGAGGUUUCGUAG